AUGCAACUCCACUUCCGCUUCCUCACGGCCUUCGUCGCCCUCUUCGGUCUUGCUUCUUCCUUCACAAUGUCCACUUCAACGCCCAACUCCACCGACUCAGCUCCGGUGACGCGCAUAGCGACAUUCCGCUUCCUUCCCAACGUCACCGCGGAGCAAAAAGGCGACCGCGCAUCUGCUUUUCUCGCACUUUACGCUGAGCACCCGGAACUACUAAUCGAAGGGCCGAAGGGAGGACGGCCGCUGAAUACGCCCUUGAACUUGACGAAUGUUAAGAGGGAGAGUGUCUGGGAUUUGGGUUUCGUUGUAGUCUUCAAGGAUGAAGCCUCGAGACAGGUGUUCGAUAAAGAUCCCACGCACGAUAGAUUGAAGGUAUUUGAACUCUCUGUCGUUGUAGUAAGAGUGAAGCUGACGUCGCGCAAGAAUGAGACGGACCCGUUGCUCGAGCAGGUGAUGGCGGAAUCUUACCUCGAGCCAAUGCGCCACCUCACUAAGAAUGGCUUCGACGAUGCGCGCUUGCUACUUCUUCAAGGCCUCAGUCGCGAGCAGCGCAGUGCCUUGAUUCGGGAAGGUAUGGAGCACUUCACUACUGACGAAGCAUCCGUGCAGUUGUGUCUCUCCAUGCUCGAUUCGCUUCAACAACCACAAGAGCGGGCGACGUCUGAGCUAAUUGUCGAAAGCAACGACUCCCGGCAGCCUAGCAACAUGCAAGUCGCGCCCACACCCACAGUCGCCGCGCAUAUUCCCCCAACCUUCGGCAUAGCACUACCGAGGCGCCAAACCAAACGGAAAGCCACGGAAAACGCAGACCCCUCCAACGACCGUGUUCAUAAAGCGCCCGCGCUCAACGCGACAGGUAAUGGUGUCAGCAGCCUCUCCAAUGGAGACAAAGACGACGAUGAAGACUGGGAGGGUACGACUGCAAGACUUAAUAACGCUCUACGGGAUGACGCUCCCGCGGUCGCCAACGCCGACAUUAAUGUCAUCGACAUACGCUCCACAACCCUGGAUAUACCCGUCCUGAGGAUAGGCGCAAUGGUCCCGAGCCUCAACGGUCGUGAGCGUUGGCAGCCUCUCAGUUAUCUUGAUGGCAACCGCGGCACCGAUAUCCAUGCAAAAUUCUUUGCCCACUUUGCUAACACAGAGGCGACGCGAGCCGCAUACUCGGCAGUGGCGACGGGUCUCGCCGAAGGGUACAAUAUCAGAGGUGGUUGCAUCAACGUAGCCGUGUGGCAGAAGGAAGGCGAUCUAUUCAAUUACCAGAGGCCUGAUAGGAACGGUGGAAGGGCUUGCGAUACUUGCGUCCGUACAAAGCGACUCUGCGUGCGCGCUCGGUGGGAAUGCCCAGUAGGCCUAAAGCUUUGCGUAAUGCCUCUGCCCGACACUUAUCGUCAAGGCAAGGCGUUGGGUUCCAUUGAUGCAUGGGUCAACGAAGGAUAA